GUGAAGUUUUAAAAGAAACAGGUGACAUUACCUGUGCAUUGUUGCUGCUUGAGGUUUGAAUUAUUGUGAGAAGAAAUGCCGACAGACGGAGCUGUUAAGGGUUUAUUUGUGGGCUAGCUUAGCUUAGUUAAAAAGAAAUUGCCCAUCAGGUACCAGCUGAGUAAUUGCCCCCACCUGAGCGGACAGCAGCGGUAGUUCGGAGCAGCGUGCUGGUGUCUCCCAUCAUAUGACCUGUGAACUGCGGUGUUUGUUGGACAGACGGUGACAGGAAGUCAGACGGAGACAUGGACGGCGAUUCUGGUAAAAUCAGCCCGCUGGUGGGCGAGGACGAGUUCAAGGCGUCCUGCGCCAAAGAGAUGGCUCUGCUCGAUCUGAUGGAGAAGACGGGAUACAACAUGGUGCAGGAGAACGGACAGAGGAAGUACGGUGGACCCCCGCCAGGGUGGGAGGGCCCGGCCCCCCCGCGGGGCUGCGAGGUGUUUGUGGGGAAGAUUCCCAGAGACAUGUACGAAGACGAGCUGGUCCCUCUGUUCGAGAGAGCCGGCAGGAUCUACGAGUUCAGGCUGAUGAUGGAGUUCAGCGGAGAGAACCGCGGCUACGCCUUCGUCAUGUACACCAACAGAGAAGCGGCGCAGAGAGCCAUCCAGAUGUUGGACAACUACGAGAUCCGUCCGGGGAAGUUCAUCGGGGUGUGCGUGAGCCUGGACAACUGCCGCCUCUUCAUCGGCUCCAUCCCCAAAGACAAGAGGAAGGACGAGAUCAUGGAGGAGAUGAAGAAGGUGACAGAAGGGGUGGUGGAUGUGAUCGUGUAUCCCAGCUCCACAGAUAAAAGCAGAAACCGAGGUUUUGCCUUUGUAGAGUACGAAUCCCACAAAGCGGCGGCCAUGGCCAGGAGGAGACUCAUACCUGGAACCUUCCAGCUGUGGGGUCACUCCAUCCAGGUGGACUGGGCCGAGCCUGAGAAAGACGUGGACGAGGAGGUCAUGCAGCGCGUCAGAGUCCUUUAUGUGCGUAACCUGAUGCUCAGCACCACCGAAGAGACUCUUCGUCAGGAGUUCUCCCGCUUCAAACCAGGCUCUGUGGAGCGAGUCAAGAAGCUCACCGACUACGCCUUCAUUCACUACCGCUGCCGCGACGACGCCGUCACCGCGCUGAGCCUCAUGAACGGAGCCCUGAUCGACGGAGCCAGCGUGGAGGUGACGCUGGCCAAACCGGCCGGGGUCAGAGACGGGAGUAUAGUCGGGAGGAGGUGCAACAGCAGGGGAUACCUGGGCAACAGCGCAGCGGGAGGAGGGAACGGGACGUUUGUCCUGCACAGGGGCGAUGGAGCCAUGAUGGGAGGAGCUAUGGACGGAUGCUCUCCACUGAGAACAUUGUCCCUGCCGCCUCACCUGGGGAGCCCCUUCUACACCGGAGCAGGAGAGGAGCCAGACAGAUGUGUGUUCCCCCUGUUUCCUGGCACUCCCCUCUCCCCCACCAGCCUGCUGUCACUGAAGCAGGGUCAGAUCGGCUCUGCUGUCAGCCUGCUCGACUUUUACUGCCGCAAGAACUACUGGUCACAGCCAGAGUACCACCUGUACUCCACACCUGGACAGGACGGAAAACUGCUGCUCCUGUACAAGGUGGUGAUGCCGUCAACACGAAGCACCUACAUCCCAGACAAGCUGUGUGUGCUGCUGGAUGACGCCAAAGAGCUGGCAGCACAGACCACACUGUGGAACCUGGACUCGUCCUUCCUGAGCAGCGCUUCCUGUGAUUCUCCCAGCAGCCCCUCUCCUCCACUCGCUGUCCCCCCCUCCGCCACCAGUCCCGGGGUGCUGACCUGCGGCGGCGGCAGAGCCUUCGCCUCCUGCCUCCCUCCUCCUCCCCCGCCCUCCCCCUUCCCCCUCUCUGCCCUCUCGUCUAUGUCCCCGCUCACCUCCCCUGCCUCCCAAACACAGAGGUCCUACAUCAGCUCCCAGUCGCCUUUCUACUGACGGAGGCCUUUUCUCAUCUGAGAUUCAGCAGUGAGGGGAUGAUCUGAGGACAAGAAGGAGAAAAGGCAGGACUGUCUUUAUUAUGAUUACACUACGAGAUAUUUCUGUUGUUUUUGUAAUGUGCUGCCUCUGGCUGACUUUCAGAGGCUUCAGAUGUUCGGCACAGACGGACGAACAGAGAGCUGUUCACGUCUUCCAUCUGUUUGUUUCAAUCCUCCCUCUAUUUAAAUUUUGAUCUCAGUCAGAGAUGACGGAGGGAGAGACGGACAAUGUUUAGUUUCCGCUCAGCCCGCUCAGCUUCUUCUCUCUUUCACCUCUGAUUUAGAAAACUAAACUAAAAGAGAACAAAGAUAGACCCUGUUUAGAUUUUACACAAAGGACUUAUCGAACUGAUAAAGUCUUUUCUCAACCUCUGUUAAAUGUCAGCCUCCACCUCUUCUCUUGCUUCGUUUUCCUACAGCCAAAGUUCACCGUACCAUACCCAUAAUGCCACAGCAGGGACUCAGAUAUCUCAUCCAUACUUAUGUACGAACGUUUACACAAUCCUGCCAUCAGAUCAGGUGAUUUUUGGUGGGUUUUUUCUUACCUGUGAGUGCCAGUCUAAUUGUUUUCCAUUUAGUUUCAGUUUUUAGGUGAAAGAUAUAUAUUUGUCUAAUAAAUCAACAUCCAUAUGAGAACAAAGUUGAACAAAAUUUGAGUCUUACACGGGAGAAGAAACAGGCGAUCCUUUCCGCCGUAAUAAUUCAGACUUCUGAACUGAUCGUCUCCUCGCUGACAGAAGUACAAGUUCCUACGCACGUUAAUGCCGUCGUUUUUUAGGUUUAGUCUGGUAGUCUUAAGUGUACCGAGCUCCAUUAGAAUGAAUUACAGAGAAAGAGUAGAAAAUGCAAAAGGCUUGAGAGAUUAAAGCAGCCCUUUCCACUACAUUAGAGUCUGAUUUUUAUUUCCUUUCAUCCUCCCAUUACACCACUCGUGUCUGGAGAGAGCUACAAACAGAGAAUGAGAUGAGGGAGGACGAUGGGUGACUUAGCUUUCUUCCUCUUCUUCUUCUUCCAGAGGAAUGUUUGUAGCUACUGGUCCCUUUCAUGUUGUGUUAACCUGAGUUAUCUGAGGGGAGGAAGAGGGACCUUAAAGGCAGAUUUAAAGCGUCUGUCCAAUCCGUCCGAUUUUACGAGCACGUUCUUUUUCGGGUGUCGAGAGUUAACGGUCAUCCGAGGAGGAGGAAGGAGAGCUAUUUUUUGAUGUCUCCUAAUUGGCUGAAAGAAGUCGACAUCCUGACAAAGCUGAGAGUUUUGAGCUUCUGGUCAUCAGAGACGAAUCUUAAGGUUGGAAAAGAGAAAGCGGGAAGUUUUUUUCCACGUUUCCCAAUUUGCCUGACCCACUUCACGACUGUGUUUUUGUAGAUUUUUAAGACCCCAGUCAUCUGAAGGAGGAAGAAAAACAUGAGGAUGAAGCAGAAAAAGCCUUUGAGGGCAGAUUUAAGACCUUUUUUUUUUUUUUUUCAGACUAAACUUACAGACCUCUUUCUUGUUCGCGUUAAUUUAAAACCACAUUCAGGGAAGAAGAAAAGCGUUAAAAGGGGAGAGGACACCAUUAGACAUGUUUUUCCAUGUUUCCUAAUUUGCCUGAUUUCAUGGUCUCCUCAUUGUGCUUCCACAUUAUGGAUCUGUGAAGAAAAAGAGCGGUAAAACAAAGCGUUACAGAGAAGUUAAUGUGAUUAGUCAGUCUCAUGGAAGACACAGAGCGAAGUUUUAUCAACUUUAAGUGAUCACAUGGUGGGUGUUUUAUAUGCAGAUUUUAGUGUACUCCAUAUAUUUAAGUUUGACUACUUUUAAGCCAACAAAGAAAAUAAAUUGAUGAGUAAACAAGUAUUUUCCACCAUUUCCCCACCAGAUUUGCAUCCCUAGCUUUAGAACGGCCUUUAAACCUUUUAUUUUGGAAAACAAAAUUUACUGGAAAUAAAACUGCACAUUUGAAUGAGUAAAAUACGAAAAAAGUAAUUAAAAUGACUCGAGAGACUUUUUCCUUUUGGUGUCAGAGCUGGAGAAGAGGAUGAAAGCGGGAGGUGUGUUUAUUUCUUUAUCAGAGGAAAUGAAAGAAAAGAACAUUAGAAGCAGACUGGAGUCAGUAAUGUACGUUAUUUUAAAAGUUACACAAGGACAAACAUUUUAUUUGCACUUAGUGACCCGUUAGAUUAAUUCAAAGCACACAGAGGCGAGGCGGGAGUUUGGAGGUUAUAUGAGUGUUUUCACAUUUGUCUUCACUCCAACUCUGAAGGUUUUAAGUAGUUGUAUUGAUCUGCUUUAAUGUGUCGCAGAUCAAACGAGGUGCACAAAGAGUUUUUAAGGCAAAUGAUUUUCUUUAUGUCAUGUCUUGUUUAUGUCUAUUGAUUGGUUCAGACUGAGCAGCUGAUGAAAGUUCUUGUUGAGUUAUUUGUGUCAGUUCAGGCCCUUUGGAGCUUUGAACACCUUUAACAUGUUUUUAUAUAUUAAUACGAUGAAUGUGUUUGUGCAGUUUUCUCACAUUUACUGUGAAUGUUUUACGAUCCUUUAAUCCAGUCUGUGUUUCAGUUUGAAGUUUUGUUUUCAGGCUGAUUAAUAGAAAAUCUGUAUAGAACGUUCUUUAAGUAGCUACUCAGUACACGUUUCUGUGCUUGAUUUUGUUGUUAUGAGGAGAAGUUAUGGUGUAAUUUGGGGGAAAAAGUCAGUUUUGUUUGUCGAAUUACUUUUCAGACUUUAAAAGUGAUAGAGAGAAUUAGAUUAUUCCACUUCCAGGUUGUAACAUUUGUCCCUGUUGUCUUUUUAUUCAGUGAACCAACUCCAAUCCAAACCACAAUACGUUGUGAUUUUCUUUUAAUGUGUUCUUAAUUUUAGAUUGUAUUAUUAUUUUUUAGGAUUAAUUUGCAUCAGUAAACAGAUUACAAUUUUAAAAAGAGACCUAUUUAUUUAACAAUCCAGAGAAUAAAACCUAAUCAAAGCCACAAAUCAGGAAAACAGCACUAAAAGAAAGCUAAAUGACUUAGUGUUAAUAAAUGUGACCCUAUUUAUUUAAAAGUUAGCAUGAAAUUUCAUUUAUAAAAUUUAAAAUAUGUCACACCCACUUUAAAUAAAAAAGAAUGAAGAGUUUGAUUACAAAAUGAGAACUCAGUCUUGUGAUUAAAUUGUAACAUGAAAAUGGAAAGAAAGUGUUGAAGUGAUGUCAUCUCAGGAUUCAUGUUUUCUUCUGUGAUUUAGAAACACUGAGCUAUGUUUUGUCUUUAAGGACAUUCAGUGUUUUGGGAAUAAAACCACUGUUGACAGAUUUA